AUGACAACAUACAAGCCCAAGAACAUCCUGAUCACAGGGGCAGCAGGUUUCAUCGCAAGCCAUGUGGCUAACCGUCUCGUCCGUAGCUACCCUGACUACAAGAUUGUUGUCCUCGACAAGCUUGAUUAUUGUUCUAACUUGAAGAACCUCAAUCCCUCGUACUCCUCUACCAACUUCAAGUUCGUCAAGGGAGACAUUGCUAGUGCCGACCUCGUCAACUACCUUCUGAUCACAGAAUCGAUCGACACCAUCAUGCAUUUUGCGGCCCAAACGCACGUCGACAACUCUUUCGGUAACUCCUUCGAGUUUACCAAGAACAACAUUUACGGCACGCAUGUCCUCCUCGAGGCUUGCAAGGUUACUGGUCAGGUUAGAAGGUUCAUCCACGUUAGCACCGACGAGGUCUAUGGCGAGACCGAUGAGGAUGCUAUCGUAGGAAACCAUGAGGCAUCCCAGCUAUUACCGACCAAUCCGUACUCUGCGACCAAAGCAGGGGCUGAGAUGCUCGUUAUGGCCUACGGAAGGUCAUAUGGCUUGCCGGUGAUCACUACUCGCGGAAACAAUGUGUACGGACCGAAUCAGUUCCCCGAGAAACUGAUUCCUAAAUUUCUUCUCUUGGCCAUGAGAGGAGAGCCACUUCCAAUUCACGGCGAUGGUUCCAACGUCAGGAGCUAUCUCUACUGCGAGGAUGUCGCAGAGGCCUUCGAGGUUGUUCUGCACAAAGGAGAAGUUGAGCACGUUUACAAUAUCGGAACCAAGAGAGAGAGGAGAGUACUCGACGUCGCCGAGGAUAUCUGCAAGAUUUUCUCCCUAGACCCUGAUAAGGUAAUCAAAUUUGUGGAGAACAGGCCUUUCAAUGACCAAAGGUACUUUUUGGAUGAUCAGAAGCUGAAGAACAUUGGGUGGUCAGAAAGGACCCCAUGGGAGGAGGGACUUAAGAAGACAAUGGAGUGGUACAUGAGCAAUCCAGAGUGGUGGGGAGAUGUUUCAGGAGCAUUGUUGCCCCAUCCUAGAAUGUCGAUGAUGCCUAUCGACAUGUCUGAAGACACCAAGGCCAAGUUCUUCCAAUCAGUAGACACUACUGCUGCUGGUACUCUGAACAAGAUGGUUCAUACUCCACAUUUGAAAUUUUUGAUAUAUGGUAAAACUGGGUGGAUCGGUGGCCUUCUUGGCAGGAUAUGCCAGAAGCAGGGCAUAGCAUAUGAGCAUGGAAGGGGGCGAUUGGAAGAUCGCACACAGCUCAUCUUGGAUAUCCAGAAAGUGAAGCCAUCCCAUGUGUUUAAUGCUGCCGGAGUCACUGGCAGGCCAAACGUCGAUUGGUGCGAAUCUCAUAAGCAGGAGACGAUCCGAACAAACGUCGCAGGGACUUUGACACUGGCAGAUGUUUGUAGGGAGCAUGGUCUGUUGUUGAUGAACUAUGCUACUGGUUGUAUAUUUGAAUAUGACGUCGAACACCCUCAAGGAUCAGGCAUUGGGUUCAAGGAAGAAGAUAAGCCAAAUUUCAUUGGUUCUUUUUAUUCAAAGACUAAAGCAAUGGUUGAAGAACUUCUGAAAGAGUAUGACAAUGUCUGCACCCUAAGAGUUAGAAUGCCAAUUUCAUCUGAUCUUAGCAAUCCACGCAACUUCAUUACUAAAAUCGCUCGGUACGACAAAGUCGUGAACAUUCCUAAUAGCAUGACGAUCCUAGAUGAACUCCUGCCCAUGUCCAUUGAGAUGGCAAAGAGAAAUUGCAGAGGCAUAUGGAACUUCACAAACCCAGGCGUAGUGAGCCACAAUGAAAUCCUUGAAAUGUACAAGAGCUACAUUGACCCCGGCUUUAAGUGGGACAAUUUCACAUUGGAGGAACAGUCCAAAGUCAUCAUUGCACCUCGAAGCAACAAUGAGUUGGAUGCUACGAAGUUGAAGGGUGAGUUCCCGGAGUUGUUGUCCAUUAAAGAAUCUCUUAUCAAGUAUGUCUUUGAGCCAAACAAGAAGAACUAGCUAGUUGAGAAGCCUAGUCCAAGUUUGCGGUCUUAUGGUUUGUUGUUUCUUCCUUCCAUCUCUUGAUACUCCAAUGGAUGUGUUUAUGGUUGAAAUUUGUUAGGACAUGCAGAGCAUGAUUAGUUAAUGCAUAGCCAAACAAGUUUAAUUUGUCAUGAUUGACUUGUAUGGAUUAAUG